AUGACAACCAACUCAGCCGCCCUCCAACUCUCACCGACCGAAGCCUCGCAGCUCGUCGACAAGCUUAUCCACAAGCUUCUGCACAACGAGGAUCGCGACGGCAAGUUCCUUCUCCCUCUUACCGAUGGGCGCAUCAUCGAUACCAAAGGCUGGAACGGCUGGGAGUGGACGCACGGUGUCGCGCUCUACGCCCUCUUUGAGCACCACCAACUCACCUCCUCUGUGGGGUCGCUCGACAUCAUUCACAGCUGGUUCGCGGAUCGACAGGCGCAAGGUGGCACGACGAAGAACAUCAACACCAUGGCGGCGCUGCUCUCGCUCGCGUGCGUGUACGAGCUGGAUCCACAGUCGCACCCGGAGUACGAGGCGCAACUGACCGAGUGGGCCGAGUGGGCGAUGGACGGUCUGCCCAAAACCGAGGAGGGUGGCUUCCAGCACAUUACGUAUGACUUGGAGAAUAAGGGCCAGCUGUGGGACGACACGCUGAUGAUGACCGUUUUGCCGUUGGCCAAGAUCGGCAAGGUGCUGCGUGUGGAGCGGUACGUGCAGGAGGCCAAGUACCAGUUUCUGCUGCACAUCAAGUAUCUCUACGAUGCCAAGACGGGGCUAUGGUUCCACGGAUGGACGUUUGAGGGUCGACACCAUUUCGCCAGCGCACAUUGGGCGAGGGGCAACUGCUGGAUCACGCUCGCCAUCCCGCUGCUGUUCCACAUCCUCGGAGAGCAGGAUGCCGACGUGAGCGAUCACAACUCGUUCUUUUCAAGAUACCUGAUCAGCACACUCGAGGCGCAGCUGGAUGCGCUGCUGCCGCUGCAGGAUCCAGCGACGGGGCUUUGGCACACGCUGUUGAAGUACAGCGAUUCCUACAUCGAGUCGUCGGCGACUGCGGGCUUCGCGGCAGGGGCGUACCUCGCUUUGCGGUUUGGACUCGUUACGGAUCCGGCGAAACAGAAGGCGUACACGAAAAUGGCGGAUACGGCGCUCAAGGGGGUGGUGAGUAUGAUCGCCGAGGAUGGAGAGGUUCAGCAGACGUCGUUCGGUACGGCCUUGGGGCACGAUCUUGACUUUUACCGAAACAUCCCCAUCACGCCUAUGCCUUAUGGCCAGGCGCUCGCACUGCUCGCUAUAGUCGAGAAGAUGGCCCUCGACGGCGGCAAAGUUUCCACGGAUGAAUAG